AUGUUUUCCUACAGUGAAAUAAUAGUGUUUUUUACGUGUUUAUUGGUUGUUAAUGGGCAAAUUACGACCGAAAAAGUUGACAUUACGACGACUUUUGACGUUGAAGCUCAGGAAUUAGAGUUCGAUAAAAAUCAAGACGAAAGACAACCUGUUGUUCACUUAAACAGUUUGGCAGGUCAAAAUAUACCGAUUGCGUCUAGUAUGCCUGGAAAUGCAAACAAAAACGUGCCGAAUUUUUUACAGAAAUUCACCACCCCUAUUAAAGACGGGCUGAACAGUAAACUUGAUUUGAUAAACAAUAAGUUUAAUCAGCUGAAUAAUUAUUUUAAUCAUCCGAACAGCAAGCCUUUUGUAGCGUUGCAAUCUUUGUCGCCUCAAAAAAUAUGGGAGAAGAUUAAUAAUAAGGCUGGGGUACUUAGUACAGGAGCAAAUAGUGCUAUUUUUGGAUUGACUCACAAUGGCAAUCCAGACUAUCCUUUUGCCUAUAGAGACUCCAGAUCAUAUCAGGACAAAUCCUGGAAAGACGCGUUAAAAAACUACGAAAAUAAAGGCCCUAAACCUUUUGUAUAUCAGGAUUUCUCCAAAAUAACUCAGAUUAAAAACAAUACAUACAACUUUCAACAUCUGGAAGCGAAUUUCACAAGUCCAGGUUACAUAUUCGACAAAAAUAAUGGUACCAUGGUAAAACCCAUGAAUAGUACAUUGAAUUUGGUAAACGAUGACUCUAUAGUUAUUGAAAACUUGAACUAA